AAAGACGACCUCAGCCACUCGACACUGACCCCACUUCACCGCUGCGUCAUCAGCUCUCAAGUCUCGUCCGAGGCCAUUGAUCCGUAUCCAGCAUACUUGAUCGUGGUCCGUUCCUUGCACUGCCAGCAGUUCGCCAACGUUCCGACUUCAUCCCGCGUGCGACUCGUCGUCAAGCCGACUCACCUCUCUUGUAAACACACCACAACCGAGUCCCGUGCGACGCAUAUCUGCCGAUCAAGGAUCUCGGAUACAUGAGCGGCGUCGCGACCAAGCAGACCACUGACUUGGCCGGGAGUAAGAGACACAGUCUCUCCGGUCAGGGUGGAUUGCUGAAUCGGAUGUUUGGCAGUUCUGGCAGCGGAAGCAACCAGGCCAUCAACACCAACAACACUACCUCGGUCAGUGCAGACGGAGCCAGCGCGGAGUCUCCCCAAAGUCCCAACGCCAUCGUCAACAGCGGCGCGAGUGCUGUCUCGGAAGACCAGAACGACGUCGCCGGCGAAAUGCAAAGCCCAACGCGCAAGCAGGCAGAGGACAGCACAUCGACGGAAAAGAAGCGACGGAGCAGCGGUGUUGGCCGCGCUCGCGACUUAUUCAGCAGUGCGAAACAAUCGCUCUCGAACAGUCUCAGUGCGAAUCCCAACGCCGGUGACAAGUCGGGUCUCAACCAGCAAACUCCCAUGCAAAAGCUAGGAAAGUAUGACCCGGCGCUCAUUGUGCCUCAGGGCUCUUUGAACAACUCUGCCGGGGAGUCGGUACCGGGUCCUCGAUCGACUUUCCGCGUCGGUGUGACCGAAGACAAGAACAAGAAGUGCAGACGCACCAUGGAGGACACCCACGCAUACUUGUACAAUUUUCUCAGCACUCCUGCGCCGGCUUUGGAGAGCGAGACCAAGGGCCUGUCCCUAAUCAAGACGUUGACCAGAGAUUCCGUCCGAUCCACGAACAGCCUGAGCAGAACCAUGACAAAUCAAGAGGUGGUGGAGACCGACAACGGAUACUUUGCCAUUUUCGACGGCCAUGCGGGUACUUUUGCGGCAGACUGGUGCGGUAAGAAGGUACACAUCCUACUGGAGGAGAUCAUUCGCAAGAAUCCAAACACUCCGAUACCCGAAUUGCUAGACAUGACCUUCACUUCGGUCGAUCACCAAUUGGAGAGGCUUCCCUUGAAGAACAGCGGAUGCACAGCUGUCACAGCAGUGCUUCGAUGGGAGGAUCGGAUACCGAACCCUCAGUCCGCCACGGGUUCCACUGCGAUCGCCCCUGCAGCUGCAGCUGCCGCAAGGGAGGGAGGCACAUCAUCGCCGGGUGGCGCUGAUAAUGUACCAGCUGCUGAGAGCAAGCUGAGAGAGAAUGCUUUUCGCCAGCGUGUCCUCUACACCGCCAAUGUGGGAGAUGCGCGAAUUGUGCUGUGCCGUAAUGGCAAGGCUCUUCGCUUGUCAUACGACCACAAAGGAAGCGACGAGAACGAGGGCAAGCGGAUCGCGGGCGCUGGUGGACUGAUCUUGAACAACCGUGUUAAUGGCGUGUUGGCAGUCACUCGCGCUCUCGGUGACGCCUACAUGAAAGAUCUGGUCACUGGCCACCCGUACACGACAGAGACUGUGAUUCAGCCGGACAUUGACGAAUUCUUGAUAUUGGCUUGUGACGGGCUUUGGGACGUGUGCUCGGAUCAGGAGGCGACGGACCUUGUUCGCAAUGUUCAAGACCCACAAGCUGCUUCAAAAGCACUGGUCGACCACGCCUUGGCUCGCUUCUCUACCGACAAUCUUUCCGUCAUGGUCGUGCGUUUCGACAACAAACUUUUACAAGAAACUCAAGAUGCGAAGGAUAAUCUGAUCGGAGUGGACGGCGAUCCACCUACCAAGGCGGAUGGUAUCAGUGAGGCGCAAGCUAUCGUCAGCGGCAUCCAAACGCAGGCCGAAGGCAGCGACUCGCCUCUCUCUCCAGUGACCACGAACGAGAUCAUGAACGAUGUGGAAGAAAAUCAAGAGCCGGGCCCGGAGUUGAAUGCGGCUGCUCUGGAGGCUGCGCGCAAGGACAAGAAGCCGGACCCUCAAGCUUUGGCCGAAGCAUCCAAAGCUCAUGAGUAG